AGAUUUAAUUUGUGUACGGGGACGGUUCAAGAAGUACAGGCAAAAUGCGAGAAAUUAAUCGAAAAAGUAUUCCUACCGUGUGUCAAAAGAAAGGACGCAGAAUUUACAGAAAUGUCACGCCAUCUGGUUAAUGGUUUAUGGGUGUUUAGUCCCAUACUGAACUUCAACGUUGCUUAUUGUUCUUUAGUUAUGAUGCUACAGGACAAGUUUGACCCGAAAAAUUUCGAGGAAUAUCACAAACUAACGCGAUGGGAGACAUUCCUGUUUUACUUAACAGGCUUUGUGUUUUUCAGUUUAAAAUGGACAAUAUCUAGGUGGUACCACAAUCACACUCGGUACAGAGAUUUGUGGCUUAUUAGGAACUUCCCGUUUUUGGCCUAUUACAAAUUCGGAUUCAAAAAUUCUCAUGUUUACAUUUUGAAAAAAGUCAGUUGACGCUGUUUGUUUUAAAACUUUCAAUUUUUGUACAAUAUAUUUAUUUUGGUAAUAUAUAUCUUAAAUAAAAAUA